AUGGCAAGCGGUACUAAUACGAAAGAAAUCCUUCUCGCUGUUGCUGGUUCUGGGGUUGUUCUGGUGGCUGCAGUCAAGCUUAUCCGUUGCAUCUUCUUUUCGGAAAAGAAAAAAGAGCACCCUAAAGAUGUCGUUAUCUUAUUUCAAACGCCUAGAACACCGACGGUCCCGAACUUGUCACCAUUUGCAAUCAAAUUGGAAACUUACUUGCGGAUGGCAAAGAUACCUUAUCGUAAUGAGUAUGGUCUGAAGUUGUCACCAAAGCAUAAAACUCCAUGGAUCAUGUUUAACGGGCAGGUGAUAAGCGACACUCAGUUCAUUAUUGAAUUCCUAAACAAAAAAUUUGACAUCGAUCUUAGUAAACAUCUGACGUCAGAAGAGAAGGCAGUUGCUCAUGCUAUGCGGAAAAUGGUUGAAGAAAGCUUUUAUUGGACUGUAUCUUUGAGCCGGUGGGUCUAUAGCUACGGUGAUUCGUCUUUGUUAAAAAUAAUUCCAGUGAACAGAUUUAUCUUGUGGAGAAUAAGAUCUGCUGUUACGAAACAAGCUUAUUGUCAGGGCUAUGGCCGACAUACUCCAGAAGAAGUCGAGGCACUCUGUAAACAAGAUCUUCAAGCAUUGUCUGACCAAAUUGGCCGGAAUCUAUUCUUGAUGGGAAAUCAGCCGUGUGAAGACGAUUGCGCAGUUUUUGGAAUGUUAGCAAUGUUGUGGAUGAUGCCGGAAAGUUCCUUCGUCACCAAAAUCCUAAAAGAUAACGUUUAUCCAAAUUUGACUUCUUAUUAUGAAAAGAUAAAGAAGGAAUUUUGGCCAGAUUACGAGCAAAAAUCGUAA